AUCCCAGAUGUGGCGCGGAGGGUCGCGCGGCUGGUGGCAGCACAUCCUACAAAUUAACAUCAGUUUGUCUGUCUUCCGUGACACACUAGUGCUCUGGUUGCUUCACCAGGAAAUAUCGAAACUUUCUUCAGUGCUGGAAAAAACUGCUAGCCUAAACCCACCUGUUUUUCGAAACGUGGUAGCUGAUUUCUAGUUGGUUUUUAGUUGAAGACCAUCUUACACCAGCAACCAACUGUUGAUGCAUCUUGUUAAUGCUGGUUUAAACUAUAGCAUAGACCAUCUACAAGCUUUUCAUACUAUCUUUAAGUGAUAAGAAUAGUUAUUCUAGCUGGUCCAAGGUGGUCAUUGGUUGGUGACCAGCAACAUAACAUCUACUGGCUGGUUCUACUUGGUGGUCCGGUUGGGUUUUUCAAACAUGGCAACUUGCUAACCAGCUUGUAAUGACCACCAGCUAGAAACCAGCUACCACUUAAACUAGCUUUUCGAGAGGAGUUCCAUGCUGGAAAAACUGGUAAAUCUAGUGGUACUUUGGAACAUGGUAGCUGGUUUGGUCGAAGCUGCAGACCAUCUUAGACCAGCGUCAAACCUGACAGCUUGUUUAUGCUGGUUCUAACUGUAGUAUAGACCAUCUUGGGCCAUCAACAAACCAUCAUAAGGAGGUUAAGCUGUUCAUGAUCGAUGGUUUCUUGCUGAUCCAAUGUGGUUAUUAAUUAAGGUCAUACAACAAACCAAUUACUAGUUCUUCAUUCUUGGUGGUCAGAUUGGUUUGUGAUGCAACUGGCCAAUCAGCUUGUAAUGACCAUCAUAAACCAGCUAGAAACCAGAUACCAUUUUAAACUGGAGAUUCUAACAGGGUUCUGUGCUGCAGACGCAAUAAAUGUAAUAUUAAAUCCCCAUUUAAAUAACACUAGUGGUUUCUUUUCUUUUUGUUUUGGGUUUAUAAUACUAACCAGUUGAAGUAUCACAUUCCCCGUCAUAUCUUCUCAUUUCCUGUUGGUGGACGGUAACUUGUUGGGGAUGAAGUUUAUCUCGGAGGUUUUAGGUGGAUCUGUUGUCGAUGGCAAACCAGGACCAAAGAUGAGGAAGAGUUUUGAUGAUGGCUUUAUUGCUGAAGUUAUUAUGCGGCUGCUGCUUUUAGCUGUUUUUGUCAUGACUGAGAUGCUUCCUCCGUUCAGCCGUGAGAUCCAGCCCGAGGAACUCUGGCUCUAUAAAUUCAAUCCCGUCAAAAAGGAAUAUGUUCCCAUCCGCUUCAUGUUUUCUAUCGCCCUCUUCACUCCAUUGCUGGUUAUUUUCUUACUUGCCUUAUUGAAAAAAGGAGGAAAGGGAGAUUUGAAAGAAGCAGCUUUGGCUGUGACUUUGACCCUGGUGUUGAAUGGAAUUUUCACUAAUGCUAUCAAGCUAAUCGUGGGCAGGCCACGACCUGAUUUCUUCUACCGGUGUUUCCCGGAUGGCCAAAUGAACCCAGAGCUUCACUGUAGCGGUGACCCGGAUGUAGUCAUGGAUGGCAGGAAGAGCUUUCCAAGUGGACACUCUUCCUUUGCGUUUGCUGGGCUGGGCUUCACUGCGCUGUACUUGGCUGGGAAGCUGCACUGUUUCAGCCCAGUGGGCCGUGGUAAAGCCUGGAGGUUGUGUGCCUUCCUCACCCCCCUCCUCUUCGCCGGCAUGAUCGCCCUCUCCAGAACAUGUGACUACAAACAUCACUGGCAAGAUGUGUUGGUGGGAUCCCUCCUGGGCUUGGCCUUGGCAUACCUCUGUUACAGACAGCAUUACCCAGCUCUCAGCGACUCGGACUGCCACAGACCCCUCCGACUGAGAGAGGUCAUGGUUCCAGUGCAGGAACGCAAGCAUGACGUCCCAGGCUACCUCUUACCUUUGUAGAAACUUAACCGGACCAACAACUAUCUACUGUGUGGAAGUUUACCAAACCAUUUGUUGUGUGUGUGAUGCCUGUCAAUCAACAAGCACUUCUAGUUUUUGCCUUCUUAUACCGUUUACUGUUUUGUAGAGCACAAAUGUCUUUGAAAAUUCGUAUCUUAUCAAGCUCUUUGACGUUUACAUGUGAACUAUCCUAGUGAAGAAAUAUCUGUGAAAACAGCUUCUAGGUCAACUUUAAAACUUGGCAGACAUGUUUAUAGAGAUCUCCAGUCUAUCUGUACAGGAAAUCCCCUGAAAUAUAUUUGUCAAUAAAGUUUGUGACGAUUUCUAAUGUA